AUGUCUUUUGAGGAGCUACUGCGGGCGCAGAGUGACGCGACAACGAGAACACGCAAGAAGGUGACCGGUGGGAAGAAAAGUGCAAAACCUACCGGAGCGACGGCGAAGCAGCAGCGAGACAAAAAGGGGCCAUUGGAGAUGUCUGCCAAGAAACCUGUACCUUUUCUGCGACGGGUCGUCUCUGUUCCGAAGAAGAUCCACAGAGACCCUCGGUUUGAUGACCUGUCUGGAGAGUAUAAGCCUGAGAUAUUUAUGAAGACGUACAGCUUCCUGGACAGCAUCAAGAAGCAGGAGAAGGAGAUGGUUCAGAAGCAGCUGAAAAAAUGCCGGGACGUGGAGCGGAAGGAGAAACUCCAGCAGCUCCUGAACCGCAUGAUGCAGCAAGAACAGGCACAGGAGAAACAGCAGAAAUUGAGGGAGAGGCAGCUGUCUUUGAAGCGACAACAGAGGGAAUUGGCCAAGCAGGGAAAGAAACCCUUCUUCCUAAAGAAAUCUGAGCAGCGGAAAUUGGAGCUAGCCGAGAAGUACGCAGAGCUGAAGAGGAGUGGAAAGCUGGAGAGCUUCCUGAACAAGAAGAGGAAGAGGAACGCUAUCAAAGACAAGCGUCGUCUGCCCUCGCAGAAGAGCUUGUGA